UUGUUGAAGUGAAAGUCUUAUUUUGGAGAAAUUUCCUUGGUGAUGAGAAGCGUGAUCGCAAUCUGAAACCGAGCUCUAGGCGUCACUACUUUGGCCGCGUGAUUCUCCUACGCUCUCCCGCCUGUACAUUAUGAUCGAGCCCAUUGGUGCUUACGUUCCAACUUUUAUUUCGUCUCGUUCUGCCGAUGUUAUCCUGUCCGACAUUCGUCCUACUAAGUUAACUUCCGACGCUCUCAACUCCGUCAAUGCCCUACUGGACGAGUUACUCUGUAGCAUACUUAAUGCAGCUCGGUCGUUCAACCCUUCCCGACUGAGGACCGCAAUGCACAAAGUUCUACCGACCGCCCUGGGCAAAGAAGCUAUACUUGAGGCUGAGAUGGAACUCAGAGCGUACUAUCAGCGUACAGUUACUGCUGUAGGCUCGGGUUCGUCGAGCGAGGAUGGCGUUUUCAAUUUGCAGUGGGCAUCCGAGCUUCUAAGACUUAAAUGCGAAGCAUAUUCGACUUUAAGCGAUACAGACGAGAAUUCAGAUGCCGAAAAUCGCCUGAAGGAACGUAUGCUUGCAGAUGGUGUCCCUCCUCCCAAGCAGGAAGUCCUUUCACCAGCCUCACUCUAUCUAACUGCCAUCAUUGAGUCCAUAUGCGAGCACAUUCUGUCAAACGUGGGACGUGUCGCAUCACGAGAUAGUAGCCGAGCAACAGCUAACUCUCAAGAUUUAUUCAUCGCACUUUGCGAAGAUAGUACGAUAUAUGGUUUUUUCAAGAAUAUGAAGGUCUACGGACAAAUUGAGACAUUGUCAAAAUUACCGAAACCGAGACGAAGUAAAUCUUUUACCCGGGAAAAGUUGUCGGGUGCGACAUCCUCGGCGUCCUCUCGCGAGGGAGAUGCAUCCCGAAAUGACACCUCACGCCAUCGCAUGUCGUCAGAGUCAUCUAAUAUCGGACCCGCCAUGGUUGCGGGCUCCAAUCAUCACUCCGCGAGAUCAUCUAUCGACAAGGCACGCGCGAUUAAAAUAUUUAGUGGCAACAGCAAUAGAGGAUCAAAUGACCAUCCAAAUGGUACUGACUCUGUAGUUGGUCAUAGGAAGACAGAUUCGUUAGUGAGCGCGAAUGCGAAGCAAUCCAUCCAUAGUGGGGACAGGUCUCCCAUUUCGCCAACAUUUUCCGAGGAUCGAUCACAAGAAUUCGAUGACAUGAUGCGAUCAGGGUCAACCAUGAAGGUAUCUCUCACCCCGGAUAGGCUGCGGACGAUGGAGGCUCUUAACAAAGAGAAGGCACGCUUCAACGCAUUACUAGCACCCACUGCGCCUGACCAGCCCAAGCGGACGACGAGACCAUCCUUGCGGCACGUUGACUCUAUUCACGAGGACGACGAAAUACAGCCCAUAGCGAAACCCCCUCCAACGUCACGCCCUCGACAGCUCAGUGCCGCUACUGCCUCAGGAUCUAGUCCACCCUCUUCCACUCGCGCUCGCUCUGCCUCUUCCGCUGAUCCCAUGGUGCUAAAGUCUACCACAUUCCCACCACCAAGGCCGCCGCAGUCGAACCUUGGUUCGUCCCUGAAGCUACCGAACUUGACACCAAGCAAGGUACAGCAGAAGCAAACAAGGCCCGUCCCUCAUGGAUUGGAUGUCAACCAGUCACGACCUCCUCGUACUCGCACCGUCGCGAGAAACCGAGAAUCACUUGAUCUUGAUGAUAUCAUGGGUGGUUCGGAUAACGAGGAUGAGGCAGAGAAGCUGAAGAGUACGCCGUGCUAUAAUCCGCAGAGAGGCGUAUCGGCAAGCGCUAGAGAGCUGAUUGACUUUCUCGCUGAGGGCCCACCAGAACCUCCCCCGACUUCCCCAACCAAUAUCAACUCAGGGUCUCUUUUGACCUCAAAAAAGACUGGUCGCCUGCAGCGUAUGAUCUCUAAGAUCACCCUCAACGGAAAUGAGAAGGUUCGUUCUGACAAUGAAUCUGGCAAAAGCUCUCCCCGGAGGGCAGACGCUCCUAUCCCUCUUCUACCCAACAAGUCCCUGACGAAUCUCAGCUCCCUCGCGAACAGACCCGUUCCGCCUCGAUAUCCCACCGACUUGCCCUCUGCUACAUCAUCAGAGUCCCGCAGCUCUGUUGAUAAUGCACUCUCAGAUCAUCGGGUUCGGAAACAGUCUUUUUCACGCAAACCGGUGCCCCCAUUCGAUCCCAAAACAACCUCACCAGAUUCUCUUGUCCCUACGUUGGCUCCCGGCAUGGCUGUGGUGGAUGUUGGUUCCCUUGCACCUCCCGUACCCACUAGUUUUGCAGUCCUAACCACCUCCAAACGUGUAUUUGAACAUGAAUCCGUCAGCAAACGUGGUUCUGGUGAUAGUUCAUCGGCUGUAGCACGCCUGGAAGCCCCUGCUCGUUCGAGCUCAGAGUCAAAAACGCCAGAACGUUCCUCUUCCAGAGUUGUCCUCUCACACCUUGCCAAACGUCCAGCGCAGUUGUCCCCCGCCACAGCUUCACCUUCCAUCCCGGCCUCUGUCAUCGAUCAUGCUCAUGAAAUGCGGCGAACGCUCUCACAUGCAACGAGCGCAACCGAAUGUCGUCUGCUCAUCGAUAUUUUCUUGGCUCGGGCUGGUUUGGUGGCCGAUUCGUCGGAGCUUCAAGCUCUAGUCCCCGCCCCACUAACCCCCGAAUCCGCUGCAAAGGAGUCUCAGAUGGAGCACGCCAUUGUUGAACUAUUGCUGGGUGGCGAUGAAGAGUCUUUAGACCCGCCAGUCCAGUCUGAACCAUGACCCAUGCAAGCCUCACCCGUUGUACGAUUCAAAGUUACUAUGGAUACAGCCUAAUGAUACCCAGCUCUCUUCACUCGAUCUUCCAUGUAGAUCUAACAACUACUCAUUUCUAUUGACCUUCAUUCUCGUUAU